AUGCCAUCUACCACCAGCACACUCUACAACGCCGCGUGGACUGGGUCGGUCGAACGCACGCUUGAUCUGUUGUCGGAUGGAUUCACCGAAAUCGACCGGCGGUGCGAAGAAAAUGGGGUGACGGCUCUCAUGUGUGCCGCCAACAAGGGGUAUCUGCGUAUUGUCAGGGUGCUCCUCCGAUUCGGGGCCGACGUGUCGGUCAGUACUGACGAUGGACACACCGCUCUGUACUUCGCCAUCGGUGGUCGAAACCUCGCCGUCACCAAAGCACUCAUCGGGGCCGGUGCCGACGUCGAAGCAAAGGCAGACUUCCUCCACCCGGACCAAGAGGUAGUUCAAGGUCAGACACCCUUGCACUUGGCCACGGGAGAAGGGUUCUGUGACGGGAUGGUGGCACUGAUCGACGCCGGUGCGAAUGUCGACAGUCGCAUGAGCAACGGAUCGACGGCAAUGUACAUCGCCGCAUGCACCGGGAACUUGGACGCGGUCAAGAUUCUCCUACAGGAAAGGGCAAACCCCAUGCUAUGCGUCGGUCCAACACAUCCUCUCGACAUCGCCACACACGGGGGACACCUGGGGGUUGUACAGGAGCUUGUGCAGAGAUUCGGAGUGGAUGGCUGUUCCGACGAAGGAGCCAUAGGCGCCCUGGAGACAGCCGCAUACGAAAAUCACCAAACUAUUCUGACGUUCCUACUCGACGCCGGUGUCAAAGACACGGACGGCACGGCCCUGUGUGAUGCCAUCGAGGGUCGCAGCGAGGCGUGUUUGAAGCUGUUGGUGGGCCGACGAGGGGGGAAUGCUCACAUGGCGGAGAGCCAUUACACGAACACGGACAGCGCCUGUGACAAUGCCCUCGUCUGUGCAUUCGGUGCGGGACGCGGGUAUGCUCCGAGGAUGACUCGGUUCUUGCUUGACCACGGGGCCGAUACCAAGAAGAAAGUGCGUUUCGAAAUAAAAGGGUUGGGUGAGAUAGCAGGCGGACCCCUGGUCGCCGCCAAGAUCAUUCUACGGCACGAGCAGACCCACUUCGAGGACGCAGAUGAGGAGGGGGUGGACGGGCUAAAGGAAGUCGUUCGUCUCCUUCGGCAGGAGGAUGCAGUUCACGCCAACUCCUGGGCGUGGCCGAUCGACACCGACCGCGCCACGAAAAUCGUACGCAAGACGCCGGCCUUCAAAAUACACCCCGGUCCGAGGCCAUGUGUGCUGUUGGCGGCGAUGGGAAGGUGCGUGGAGUGGUGUCGAUAUCCUUAG